AUGUCAGUCAAACGAAGUGUGCUUAUUUGGCGUAUAUUAUUGAUACUAAUUCUCUAUGCUCUACAAGGAUUGAUUCAAGGUUUUAUUGUAUCAAUUCCAUUAUAUUUAGCAUCAUAUAGUGCAUCAUGGAAAGAACAAGGUACUUUUAGUUGGGUCUCUUAUCCAUUUAGUUUUAAAAUUCUUUGGGCACCAUUAAUCGAUUCAAUUUAUAGUCGUCGAAUUGGUGGUCGUCAUCGAACAUGGUUGAUACCUGUACAAAUCCUUAUUGGUAUUAUUCUUAUUGUUCUCUCAUUCUAUUUAGAAUCUCUUUUGGUUAAUUUACAAGUUGUCACAUUGGCAAUAGUCUUUUUCUCUUUGUGUUUUCUUAUUGCAACUCAAGAUGUUGUUGUUGAUGGAUGGUCUGUUUUAUUAUUUACUAAUUCAAAUCCACAAUGGUCAUCAACUUGUCAAUCUAUUGGAGAAAUGAUUGGCAGAUUUAUUUCUACAACAGUAUUAAUGACAUUGGAAUCAGCACAUUUUACUAAUAAAUAUAUUCGUCAACCUCUUUCAUUACCUCAUCGUCCGUAUGGAUUAUUCUCACUUCAACAAUUUACUUUGUUCUGGGGUGUAGCAUUUAUUAUUGUUAGUAUCAUUAUGAUAAUAUUCACAAUUUGUAAAAAUCAAUCAAAUAAAGUCAAUAAUGAAAAUAUUCAAGAUGUACAAGAAAUCAAACCAAAAUUAUUUCAAACAUAUUUAGCUAUUUUGAAAUUAUUCAAGAAACCAUGUUUACGUCAAUUUGCUCUCAUCUUAUUAACUUUCAAUGUUGGUUUUGCAGCCACCUAUUAUAUGACCAACUUAACAUUAGUAGAACAUGGUAUCACUCGUGAUAUAGUUGCUCUGAUCAAUGGUCCUUUACUUGUUAUACAUAUCGUUGUACCUUUGUGUAUGAGUAGAAUACGACAUCCGUUAUUAUGGUUUGCUCGAGGAUAUAUUCCACGUUUAUUUGGAUCUAUUAUUUUAGCUAUUUUUAUAUGCUUUACACCACAAAUUCUUCAUACAUCAUAUUACUAUCCUAUUCUAAUAUUAUUAUUGUGUUUAAAUGAAGGAUUAGUCUACAUUAUAACAGUAUCACGUGUUGGGAUCUAUGCACGUAUUAGUGAUCCACAUAUUGCUUCAACUUACAUGACAUUAUUAGCAACAAUAUCGAAUUUAGGUCAAAGUAUAUCAUCGACUGUUGUACUUUAUCUUGCAAAUUGGUUACCUAAACCACAUGCGUAUUCGAUUGAGGUAGGUAUUUGUUUCAUACUUGGUUGUAUAUGGAUAGGAUUUAUGUGGAGGUUAAUGACACGUUUGGAUCAAUUACCUCGUGAAGAAUGGCAUUUAACAUCAUCUCCAUCAAUACCAAUAUCAACAUCCACUACACAUUCACAAGCAAAUAUCAUUGAAGGUAGUGUCAAUGUUAUUGGUGCCAAUCCAUGA